GCAGCAUCAGCUCUCCAAGGCUCGUCCUGCAAACAAACCACUCUAUAGGCAGCCCUAAAAGAAGAGGGGUGACACUUAUCACCCAAGGCACGUCGCUCCGCUUUCCCAAAGGAGUCGGCUGGGUGCGGGAGGACACCAUGGUGCAGCGAGUGGCCGUAAUCGGGGCUGGGGCCAGCGGGCUGGCCUCCAUCAAAUGCUGCCUGGACGAAGGGCUGAAGCCCACCUGCUUCGAGAGGAACAACGACAUCGGGGGGCUCUGGUGCUUUGCUGACACAGCAGACUGUGGGAGGACCAGUGUGUACCGGUCAGUCAUCUCCAACACCUCCAAGGAGAUGUCCUGCUUCAGCGACUUCCCCUGUCCAGAAGACUUUCCCAAUUUCUUACCCCACCACCAACUCCUGGAGUACUUCCGGAUGUACGCUCGGCACUUUGACCUCCUGCAGCACAUACACUUCAAGACAACAGUUCGCAGUGUGAGGAAGCGCCCUGAUUUCUCCACCUCGGGCCAGUGGGAUGUCAUCACUGAGACUGAAGCAGGGCAGGAGUCGCACAUCUUUGAUGCUGUUAUGGUUUGCACUGGCCAUUACCAGGAGCCCCUUUUGCCCUUGGCUUCUUUUCCAGGUAUCGAAACGCGCUUUAAAGGCCAGUACCUCCACAGCAGGGAGUACAGAGAUACGGAGGGUUUCCAGGGGAAGCGAGUCCUCGUGGUCGGCGUCGGGAACUCUGGUGGUGACAUCUCCGUGGAGCUGAGCCGCGUGGCUGCGAAGGUGUUUCUCAGUUCCAGGAGCAGCACGUGGGUGUUAAGUCGUAUUUCAGAUCAUGGUUUCCCUUUUGACGUGGUCAUCACCACACGCUUCACACAUUUUCUCGAUUGGCUUCUCCCAUCAGCCAUUAUGAAAAGGAUCAGGUUUUGGAAGUUCAAUUCAUGGUUUAACCAUACAAACUACGGCUUGGCUUCUGUUAAAAGUUCCAAGUUUAACAUAAUUAUAAAUGAAGAGCUGCCGUUUUGCAUCCUUUCUGGGACUGUUGUGUUGAAACCAAACGUGAAGGAGUUCACUGAAAGCUUGGCUGUUUUUGAAGACGGGACAACUGAAAACAUUGACGUGGUGGUCUUCGCCACGGGAUACGUGUUCUCAUUUCCCUUCCUGGAAGACUCAGUUCGCAGCCUCUUCAAACAUAGCUGUUCCCUCUAUAAAUACAUCUUCCCUCCACAACUGGAAAAGCCAACACUGGCCAUCAUCGGCUUAGUACAACUUACGGGCUCCAUGAUGGUGGCAGCAGAAAUGCAGGCUCGCUGGGUGACAGGAAUCUUCGCAGGCUGCAACAAGCUGCCUCCUGUCAGCAGGAUGAUGGCAGAUAUUUCAAAGAAGGAGAAGCAGCUGAUUAAAAGGAAUCCUCCCGAGAAGGUGAACAUGUGGAUGAGCUUUAUUAGCUACACUGAUGAAAUAGCCUCAUGUGCCGGCGUAAAGCCCAGCAUGCUGAGGCUGCUCCUGACGGACCCCCGGCUGGCCCUGGAGGUGUUUUUUGGCCCCUGCUCACCCUACCAGUACCGCCUGAUGGGACGGGGCCGCUGGAGCGGGGCCAGAAACGCCAUCCUGACUCAGUGGCAGCGGGUUUUGAGGCCCUUGCAAACCCGCGUCCUAGAUGACUCCUCCAACAGCUCCUGCAGCUUACGCUGGCUGUGUCUCCUUGCCCUGCCUGCGGUUCUUGUGGCAGGUUUCCUCCUUUCCAAACAUCCCCGACCGUGGUGGGUCCCCCAGGCAGGUUCCCAUCUGUAGAUGAAACCUGGCAAAACCUGAGCUGGGGACAACGCAGAGCUGUGCUGCUGCAAGGCGGCGUCAGCGGCAUCUAGGACUGUCACACACGCUGUCCCCAGGGGUGCUGGGAAGUGAUCUGGCUCCCAGGCACACCACCAAAAUAACGGCAGCCAUCUCCUGCUUCCAGAGGGAGCCGGGUGCAUUUGCUGUUUGCAUUUCGCUGCCUUUGGAGGUGAACAUUACCAAGGCUGCUUCCCGACAGAGAAAGCCAUCUGCAACUCCCCGGUCUGUUCUUGCCCCCAAAUCCGGCUGCUUUUUGCAAGCGUCAGGUUGGAUCUCUACAGGCUGGUGGGGGAGACCCUGAAGUGCUGGUCUGCACAGGUCUAAGCCCUAGCCAGUAUUUCUUGGCCCUCUGCUUGGCUCCAGCCACUUUCAUAAAUCUUCAGCAAGACCCACAAAAUAAUGAGAUUUUGGAAACACUCAAUGUUCUUUCUAUUUGCCUGGUGACUU